UGGGAGUCACCCAAGCGUGAUUGCCCGAGGCCCCUCCUGCUGCGGCGAGGAAGCUCCAUAAAAGCCCGGUUGCGACCCGCUGUCUGCACCCCAUCUGCCGGCUCUCACCCCUCAGAGACGCGCGCUCUACAGCAGAGUACUUGCCGCCCAGCCACGCCCGCCGGCCAGCCACCAUGCUAGGUAGCAAGCGACUGGGGCUGUCCGGACUGACCCUCGCCCUGUCCCUGCUCGUGUGCCUGGGUGCGCUGGCCGAGGCGUACCCCUCCAAGCCGGACAACCCGGGCGAGGACGCGCCAGCGGAGGACAUGGCCAGAUACUACUCGGCGCUGCGACACUACAUCAACCUCAUCACCAGGCAGAGAUAUGGAAAACGAUCUAGCCCGGAGACACUGAUUUCAGACCUUUUGAUGAGAGAAAGCACAGAAAAUGUUCCCAGAACUCGGCUUGAAGACCCUUCAAUGUGGUGAUGGAAAAUGAAACUUGCUCUCCGGCCUUUUCCUAUUUUCGGCCCAUAUUUCAUCCUGUAAAACGAGAGUCCAUCCGUCCUACCAAUGCAUGCAGCCAUUGUGCUGAAUUCUGCAAUGUUUUCCUUUGUCAUCGUCGUAUAUAUGUGUGUUUAAAUAAAGUAUCAUGCAUUCAAAAGUG